UCCUUAUCACACAGCUAGAGAAACCACUCAAGAAUUGAUAAAGUUUCAACUUUAUCUUUCAAGUGUUUUAUUUGAAGGCAGUCAAAGGACUUUGAAUCCAACAGAGUCAGGAAAAGCAGAGCAACAUCUAACAGAUACGUCCAUUUUUAAUACACUUCUGUCAUCAGAGAGUACAUUCCAUACAAGAACACUGUUCUGGACAGAGAAGCAGAAGUGGCAACAUCAGCCGGUUUGGUCCGGUUCUAAUCGGUUCUUAUGGUAAGUAACUCUUCACGCUACCAGGAAAACGUCCUUGGCCGAAUCCUGGAAGAUUCUGCAACAACUUGAACACUUUGUAAAAAAGUGACAAAAACGAGAACAGACAGUGACUUACUCAAAGAUUUCCACUUCACAGACAAACAAAGUGAAGGUAUAUAAAGUCUGUGUUUCCAUCUCUGAGACAUCCUGUGACCAGAAACUGCUGCUGGAACAGACUCUUCAACUAACCAUCAAAACAAGAUGGCUGCCGGUCUUGUCUUCACUCUGCUUCUUGGUCUGAGCUUUGGACUCUGGGAUGGAGCUGAUGCCGGAUGUCGACUGAGAGGUACGUGCUUCUUUUAUUCUCCCACAGCCCUUGACUGCCCUUUAGGCUGGAGGUGGUUCAACCGUCGCUGUUUCAGGGUACUGAAUAUUUCAAAGUCCUGGGCUGAUGCAGAGAAACAUUGCCUCCAACUGGAUUCACAUCUGGCCUCAUACCACAGUACAGGGGAGUACAACUUCAUGAGACAGGUUAUCCACCUUAGAACUGGAAAACACACAUCAACUUGGGUUGGCGGUUAUGAUUCAGCACAGGAAGGCAAGUGGUUUUGGACUGACGGUUCCAAAUUUUUGUUUACUAACUGGAGGCCCGAACGUCCAAAGAAUGAUGGUGGAGUCGAACACUGCAUGAACAUCAACUUAAAUGAUAAAGAGUUUGUGGGUGAUGCUGAUUGUGUGACGCAGCUUCCCUUCAUCUGUGCCAGACCCCUAUAACCUUCUCAUGCCUUUUAAUCUGAAAUGCCCAUAUGGCUUUCCUACUGGUGAUGUCACUUCCACCUGGAUGUCAAGCCUCGAUGACAUCACUGCGGGAAGAACCUGAUUUCACUUCAUUUGAUCACUUAAAUAAAUGUUUUCUUUCUAUGAAA